GUUUCAGUUGUCCUUCACCUUUUAACAGAUCUACACACAGCUCGAACAGUUACUAAUCAUAGCAAAGGGUAUGAUAACACAGUGCCAUUGAAAUGACAUCAAAAACAGUGAAGUUAAGUUUGUCCAGUAUAGAGGCUGACGAAGGGGAUGGAGCUGUGGUUAGAAGAAGUAUAGGAAGACCAGAGUUAAAACUGCUAGAUCCAUUUUUAAUGUUAGAUGAAUUUAAAGUGAAACCACCAGCAGGAUUUCCUGAUCAUCCACACAGAGGAUUUGAAACAGUGUCCUAUGUUCUGAAAGGUACAGGACAGCAUGAAGAUUUUUGUGGCCAUAAAGGUGCUUUGAAUAGUGGAGAUGUUCAGUGGAUGACUUGUGGACGUGGUAUAGUACAUUGUGAGAUGCCUCAAGGAACAGACGAGGCUCAUGGUUUACAGUUGUGGGUGAACCUAGCCAAAAAAAAUAAAAUGAUUGAACCAGCCUACCAGGAACUAUUAGAUAAAGAUAUCCCUAGGUCAACAGAAAAUGGUACCACCAUCAAGGUCAUUGCUGGUAAAGCAUUUGGCAAAACAUCCCCUAUGUAUACAAGAACACCUACCAUGUACCUAGAUUUUAAGAUGCAGAAAGGAUCCAGUGUUGAUCAACCUAUACCAACAGGCUGGAACAGUUUUAUAUAUGUCCUAUCAGGAUCGGCUCAUUUUGGCAACUCUGAUAAACCUACCCCUGGAAAACCUUAUGACACCUUAGUACUUAGUGAAGAAGGGGAUUUUAUACAUAUUUCUAACCUAGAAUCCGAUACCUGCCAUUUUGUGUUGAUUGGAGGACAGCCUUUAAAUGAACCAGUUGCUCAGUAUGGUCCGUUUGUUAUGAAUACAGAUGAAGAAAUAGAACAAGCCUUAUUAGAUUACAAAUUAGGACAGAAUGGUUUUGAGAAUGCCAAGACAUGGAAAUCUGAGUAUUUGAAGAAUGGAUGAAUCCUGCCAUAGAACCAACCAAUAUCUGUGAUAGAUACUUUUAUCUCACCGUUAUUUAUCAAUGCACUUGUAGAGACUUAUAGAGAAAAUACUGCUGCCAUCAACCAAUACUAUACAUGCACUGGUGAACUUUUUAUUUCUGUCUUACCUGUGAGUAGGAAUCUGUAAGAUAUAA